AUGUCCCUCGUACUUGCCGGCAUAAAGGAUGCUGUUAUUACUUCACCCUCGGGCGAGCAUCGAUCCGAUUUUACCCUGGGUAUCUCGAUGCCGGUGCUGAUGACGAAAAGGGGCAGCAUCGGCUUCAACGUGGGAUAUCAGCUCAAUUUCGCUCUACCUUGGAAUGUGUCGCAGUUCGAACCGACGAUAAUUUCUGCGAGACACGUUAGGGAUCUCGAUUUGCAGGAAACUUACGUCGCCAUUGAGAAUCUGCUGGACGAACACGGCUGGCGGGAUGGCAGGCAGUGCCUUUUGAGGACCAUUUGCGAGCUCGCGGAGACGCCCCUUCGCAGGAUCCAGGACCAGGACGUCCUCGAGGAAAUGAUUCACUUAAUUUUAACGCCAACGGAGGACUCGCCGUUAGCGAUUAAUUCCAGUCACCGAAGCGUCAACAAAUUGUAUCAGGAAGCCGAACGAUUGGGUAGCUCUGGCGGCGAUUGCAUCCUAACGUAUCCGGAUUGCGUCAAGUCACCGUUGGAAUCGUUUACCGAGAUUGUAUUUCCUUGA